AUGGAGUUUGUGGAUGCAAUCAGUGAGCUCAAGUCCCUUCCGGAGGGCACCCACCUCCUCUGCCCCCGACAGAAUGAAGAUGACUACGGACGUUACGACAACCUCGACGGAGUGGACGAGUCAGGCAGGUCUAUCCAGGACAUCGCUACUGAAAGCACCACUCGAAAACAAAAGUUCCUUUCAUGCAUGAGAAUCCUCGCAUACAACAGCGAUGGCGUGGAGGAACUCCAAAACUGGGUUCUGAGCACACUCGAUGAGACGCUGGAGAAAUGCGAUCUUUGCAUCAAGGAAUACUACACUGGCAAAAUUUGGCUUAUGGAUCAGUUGAAGGAGGAGAACUAUCAAGAGGAGGACAUUGAGGCGUUUGCCCGCACUAUCGAUGAGUGGGACAUCAGAAGGAUCACACGCAAUCUGGCCACAGCGACCACACAGCUCAGAGCAACUCCAGCACAAAACAUUUCAUUGAAUGUCUUGGAUCGAGCUGCGUUGCUGUCAAUCUUUGAGACUCUGAGUUGUGACGCCAUGUUGCGCAAAGAAAACCUCCUGCAGGAGCACUUUGAUGAGCCAUUCAAGCUGAUCCAGACCAAGCGAAGUCUCAAGGUUUCGGACUAUAUACCUGCGGUUACUCAAUUUCUCUUCGAUAUUAACCCACAACGCAGUUUCUGGGCUAUUCAGGCCUGGACACGAUACUCCCGGUCUCCAACCACCCUGGAAUUUGACUGGGCGAUGCGUGAUGGGAUCCUCCAAGCUCUGCGGACAGCAUCGCAACAACCGCCUCAGUUUACGUCUAUUCAACGAUUGUGGCGGGGCAUGCAGCUUAUCGUCAAAAAAAUAGACCAAGGGCAAAUCACACAUCAGCUUCGAGGGUUGGAAAUUGACCCCUGCCGCCUGUCCGUGGAACACCUUGCUCUGCCUAUCACUGGUUUACGCUUCCUUCUCAACACCAUCCAGACUUUCCUCGAAAAAGCCCCAGCCGACUUCUGGGAUGCCAUGCAAACCAUAUCACCCCAGGCAAUCAUGGAGCUGGCAUUCUUCAACACUCAGUUCAAUAAUUUCCUUCUUGAAACAACCGAAGGCGAGCCUUAUGAGAGGUCCGCACUGAAAGACAUGCUUUCCUGGAUCACGCCGUUCCUCAACUCUUUGAAGGGCGCCCAUCAGCCGUCUGCCUGUCGGUUCUUAGAGCUGCAGCUGCUCUGCCGGCUUCAAGAUUCACAGUUUCCCAACCUCACUCGAUACCAUUGUUUCCACAUUGGCUUGACCUGCCUUCUUCAGACGCUUCGCCGCUUCACUGACAACGAGGCUUCUCGAGGCUCAGUCGCACGCAUCGUGCUGGCAGAGACAAUGGGGGUGGUCAGCGAUAACAUCACUACGAUUCUCAACCCUCCCAUCUUCAAUGUUGAGGAAAGCCGCCAAGAAGAGAUCGUCACCCUGUGCAUGGAUGUCGUGCGGAAUACCUUGGCACUGGAGUGUCAGUCUUUGAAGACGGAUUAUGAAGUCAUCCUGAAGCAUAACACACUCUCGCACGGAGUGUCUACAUACUCUGCCCCCAUUUGGGACACUGUUAUUAAAAAUCUCCACCGGGACAACUUGCCGCUGUCGAGUUCGGCGCUGUUGGGAAUUCUACCUCUGGUAGGACUGGAGAAAUUCCCUACGAAAGGAGAAGGAAACCAAGAGAAGACACAUUUUAACAUGAUCUAUGGCCACCUCACCCAUCUCUCAUGCAAGAUCAUUGAACGUCUAUCGGAAUUCCCCCACGAGCAUUUGGAGAAGCUAUUCCGAAGCCAGGACACAAGCAGCGCUUUGAUAUCUGCCCUGUUUGCUGCUGACUUGGACACCUAUCAGGCCGCUGUCGACGUGAUCAAAAACGUCAGUGGUCAAUCAGCCCGAAGAGACGCCAUCUCUCACCUGCUACAAACGGACUUCACACUUACGGUCUACGGUCUCAGCUGGUCAUUCCGCCGAAUUUCCAACAUGAAGACAUUUGCGCCAGCUCCAAGAAUGCUUUACACUGGUACGGAUAUUGUAGAGAUCUUAUGUGACAGUCAGGCUGGUAUGCUGCGCACUCGUAACCUUGCAGAUCGCCGAGAGGUCCUGUCGUUGCAGAAACUAUGGGAGUAUUUGUGGUUGGCAUUGACCACGAUCUUUGACGAGACCGAGGCGUGGCAUCUGCGUGGCAACGACAAAUCCGUCAUGCUUGAAUUCUGUCGUGACACCAUUCAAUUUGCCGACUUCCUGUUCGAUCAAUAUGGUGUAUUCUUGGGGGCUGUAGCAAACGCAGAUCCUGGACAAAAGUCCAUGUCUGAAAACUUUUUGAAGUCGCCUACCACGACCAUGAGUGCCAUGGUCAAAUGGCUCAGGCUAAAGGAUGAAUACCUGGCAACGACUCUCGUAGGGUUGGUUUCAAAGCUUCUACGGAGACUGGGCGCAAUGGACGUAACUACUGUGAAGCCUGAUGCCUUGAGCUUUAUUGAGGGAGUUGCUGUUGAUGGAGCCAUCAAGACGAUCCUCACACAACGUGAAAAAGCUGAACUGGUACGCUCGCUCGAAGCGUACUACAAGAAGCCAGUCGUUACUGCUUCCACUGCCGCCCUCAAGAAACAAUCCUCCAUUACUUCCUUUGCGAAACCCUCCGAUAUCUCGAGCCCCUCUCGCAUCAGUGAUGAUGAGUUCGACGAUAACUUAGCCGACCAAACCCUUCUUGAACUCUCUUCUUCUGUGGAAAUCAACAAGGCGCGACUUGCGGCCCAGGCAAAUCGGAACGCUGAGAAGGCGGGCAAGACCUCCUUGUCUUCUAUGUCUUUCAAGGCACGCCGUGAUAAUGCUUCCAAGCCUGUUGUGCCUUCACGUCCCAAAGAUGACGCAACACAAGUUCUUUCUUUCCGUGAGAAGCGGGAACGCGAGAAGGAGGCAAAGAAGAAGCGAGAUAUGGCCGAGCUUGCCAGACUCAAAAGGAGUAUGCCUGCGCAAGGUGUUGCUCAGCUCACUGCUGAGCAAGGAUCGGGCCUGAAAGGUAUUGGUAUCAAGGGUAAAGACCAUACCGCGCCCGCAGAUAGCAUGAUGGUUUCCUCUGGUUCUGAAUCGGAUUCUGAAAGCGAAGAUGAAUUAGAUACAGAGCUCUUUGGUGCCAAACCAAAGAAGCCGGAUGCCGUCGCUGCCUAUGAACUAAGCAAAAAGCAAUCACUCCAGCAACAGCCCGUCAAAAAGAUCAAGCGUCAUCGAUCUAUCAAAGAUAUGCGAGCACGCUUGGCUCCAGACUUGGGUUCACUUCACCACUCCAUUCUAUCGUGGGACUUUUUCGCUACGGGCGAUCUUCCUACAACAUCGGACCAAAAGGACUACACCCUUGUUUCGAACUCCUUCCGUUCUCCAGGUGACUAUCAGAGUACCUUUGAGCCGCUCUUGAUCCUCGAGGCGUGGCAAGGAUUCCAGCAGUCGAAGGAAGAGGGCAAUUUUAGGAACUUCCAAGUCAAGGUGAUGACACGGUUGGCUGUGGACUCAUGGAUUGAAUUCAGCACCCAGCCACUUGGUCUUCCGCCCAAGGAUUUCAGCAUCGGAGAAGGUGACCUGGUCUUGUUUUCCAAUGUGUCCGAGCCUACAAAGGACUCCACUGCGCCUCAUGUUCUCGCGCGUGUCUGUGGUGUGAAUCGGAAAAACGCAAAGCUGGAGAUCACAUAUCGAGUCAACCCUGGAAACAACAAAUUCCUCGCAAACUUCGGCCCCGGUACUGAAGCCUGGGCGGCCAAGAUCACAUCUUUGACUCCCGUGGAGCGUGAAUACGGCGCCCUCAUGGCCUUGCAGUACUACGAUUUAUGCGAAGAGAUUGUUCUAGCCAAGCCUUCCCCGAUUCUCAACUACGCGGACACAAGGCUUCAACCUAUCAUGGACAACUACACCAUCAAUCGUGCACAGGCCAAGGCUAUCAAGUCAGCUGUUGAUAACGAUGCAUUUACUCUCAUUCAGGGUCCUCCCGGUUCCGGAAAGACAAAAACUAUCAUCGCACUUGUUGGAAGUCUCCUAACCAAUGUUCUCGGGAAACAAUCUGUGAGCAUCGGUGGACCCGCAGCCAGAAACACGCUUUCCAAAAAGCUUCUGCUUUGUGCGCCUAGUAACGCCGCCGUGGACGAGUUGGUCAUGCGUUUGAAAGAAGGCGUCAAGACAGCUGAUGGUCGCCAAGAAAAGGUCAAUGUCCUUCGUCUAGGACGGAGUGAUGCGAUCAACACUAAGGUCCUGGAUGUCACUCUCGAUGAGGUCGUCAAUGCUCGUCUGAACCAGGACCCCAGUAAAGGAAACGGUGUCGACAUGCAGAAGCUGUACGAAGAGCACAAGCAAACCGAUACCACCUUCAAGGAACUUCGCUCACGUCUUGAUGAAGCAAGAGCAAAGGGGUUGCCUCCACCAGAUGAACUCGAACGCGAGUUUGAGCUCAUGAAGAAGAAGCGAUCGCAACUGAGUACUUCCAUUGACAAGGCUCGCGAUCAGAACCAUACGCUGGCUCGCAACGCUGAUAUGCAUAAACGGCGCAUCCAAGAAGAGAUCAUCAACGGCUCUCAUGUCAUCUGCACCACUCUCAGUGGGUCUGGUCAUGAAAUAUUCCAGGGUAUGAAUGUCGAGUUCGAGACAGUCAUCAUCGAUGAGGCCGCUCAGUGUAUUGAACUCAGCGCUCUGAUUCCCCUCAAGUACGGCUGCUCAAAGUGUGUACUUGUCGGUGAUCCUAAGCAGUUGCCCCCAACUGUCCUGUCAAAGAUGGCGUCCAAGUUCCAGUACGAGCAGAGUUUGUUCGUUCGUAUGCAGCAGAACCACCCUAGAGACGUCCAUUUGCUCGAUAUUCAGUAUCGUAUGCAUCCGGAAAUCAGUGCUUUCCCCAGUGAUACGUUCUACGAAGGCAAGCUACAGGAUGGACCGGAAAUGGCUAAGCUUCGCCGUCGCCCUUGGCAUCAGAGCGAACUUCUCAGUCCUUACCGAUUUUUUGACGUUCAAGGCAUGCAGUCAAGUGUGCCCAAGGGCCGCUCUUUGGUCAACUUGGCAGAGUUGCAUGUAGCGAUGCAGCUUUACGAGCGUUUGAUCACUGAUGUCAAAGAAUACAAUUUUUCUGGCAAGGUUGGCAUCAUCACUCCUUACAAGGGCCAACUCAGAGAGAUGAAGAAUCAAUUUGUACACCGAUACGGAGAAGACAUUCUGAAAAAGGUCGACUUCAAUACGACCGAUGCUUUUCAAGGUAGGGAAAGUGAGGUUAUCAUCUUCUCUUGUGUGCGAGCAUCCAACAAAGGUAUCGGUUUCUUGGCUGACGUCCGACGUAUGAACGUCGGUCUCACGCGUGCCAAGUCAUCGCUCUGGGUUCUGGGUAACUCGCAAGCUUUGAUCCAGGGUCAAUUUUGGAAUCGCCUCGUCCGCAAUGCGCGUGAGCGAAACAUUUACACCGAGGGUAACAUCAUGAAGAUGUUGGAGAAACCGCAGUUUACAGGUUACAAAGAGGUCGAAAUGAUCGAUAUUGGUGCUGAACAAACCCCCGAUAUACCUCAACUCAAUGCUACUCGACCUGACACUCCCGACGAAGCACUCUCCGUACGCUCCAUCUCUCGUCCUUCGUCGGCCUCGAUUGAUCUUGACUCGCGUUCCGUUUCGGUGUCCGUUUCUGGCCGCGGUUCGCCCCCAGUGUCACGGCCCGACGGACCCUCUGGGGGAAGUACGGGCUUGGACACAACUAAGAUGUGUGCACUAUGUGGAAGCGCGGAUCAUUUUACCUUCAACUGCGACAAUAACGAAGCAAAGGAGCAUGCCCGGGGAACCUGCUAUCGAUGCAAAGGGGGCGGUCACACCAAAGUCUUCUGCACUGCCGAACUCUGCCUUGAAUGCGGCCAAAUUGGGCAUUCUGUCGGCAGCUGCAAGUCCAUGACACGUCUCUCGAAGUUCGAACGUGAUCGCCUUUCUAGAGAAGAGUACAGGCUCCAGCAACAAAAAAAGGAAAGGGGCGAUCGUCGACGAGAGAAUCAGAUGGGAGGGCACAACCCGAAUGUCCCAGUUGUCCAGGCUACUACUGCGAACCCUCCUCCCAAACCUGCUGAAGGUGCAAAGCGAAAGCGCAUGGAUUCUGUUUCCGAUGGACCUAACCCACAACGUCCUCGAACUGGACAACAACCGAAUCCUCCAUCCCAUGCCCCCACCGGUCCACGGAAUACCGGCCAUCCAGGUCUCUCUAGACCAGUUCAAGCUCCCAAGGGCCGACCCACUGGCCAUCCAGGUCUCUCUGGGCCAAUUCCUGCACCGAAAGGUCCAAACGGAGGCCCACCAAGGAAUGCUUCCUCUGUUCCGAAUACCCCCAAAGGCCCGCGAGCCGAUGAACCACCGCAAGGUCUCAUCAAGCCGUCUCGCGAUGCCCCGGCUUACCCGACCGCGAGUCCCCCACCGAGAGCCCCGCCAACAGAACCCAGAGCAGAGGGUUCCAAACUAGGUCCAAGGCCCCGUCCCCCCAUGCGGAAAAGGAAGGAAACGGACCCGUUCAUUCGCCCCAAACGCAAGUGA